AUGGUCCGUAAAGGUGCUGAUCCAAGCCAGUCUUAUGUGGCAAAGUUAUUACACAAAGGACCUGAUGCUGUGCUUAAAAAGGUUGCAGAAGAAGCAGGAGAGGUAUUAUUAGCCGCAAAAGACGGGCAAACUCAGCAGAUUAUCUAUGAGGUGGCCGAUCUUUGGUUUCAUACGUUAGUCACGUUGGCUCAAUAUAAUCUAACAUCAGACGAUAUUCUAAAAGAGUUAGCUCGCCACGAGUUGCCUGCGAAGAAAAUUUAUGAAGAUGAUGAAUUUAUUGCCUUUCAUGAUAUUCGUCCAGCAGCCCCUAUUCAUAUUUUAAUCAUUCCGCGACAACAUAUUGAAAAAUUGUCAGAUUGUACGACAGAGCAAACGCAGAUGUUAGGUCGGAUGCAGCUUUUAGCUGUUCAACUGAUGCAAGAGUUAGGGUGCACCAAUGGGUUUCGCACGGUCAUCAACUGUGGACCUGAUGGCGGACAAGAAGUUUAUCAUCUGCAUUUACAUGCGAUGGGAGGACCACGGCCAUGGGCAACCAUUCCUGCCGUGCUGAUUUUAUUAUUUGGUGGCAAACGAUUACGUAAUUUAGGCAGUGAUCUGGGUGAAUCGAUCAAAGGCUUUAAAAAGGGCAUUGCCGAUGCCAGCAGUGACGACAAAACCAAAGUUAUCGAAGCAGAAAAAGACAAAAUUCAAUCAUAA